AUGCCCAAUCUGCCAUCCAGCUCGUUCUCCUCGGAGGCUUCCAGCACUGCUUCGUACCGCAGAGGCUCGGAGCAGCUACCGUCUGCCUACUUGGCUUCGCAGGCGGGGUUUCCUCCACGCAGAGCAUCCUUCGGCAAUGCCCCUCCUACAGGUAGCGCCAACAUGAUGCUCAGAGCUGCCUCGGCCAUGAUUGCACAGGCCAGCUCGGGAGCAGAAGGUCUUCACGCCGUCAGCUCGGCCCUUCUCAAUCAAGCCAAAGCGCAGGCAUCCGCCGUCAGCCACCCGUCUCAGGACGUCAACGCCCAUACUGCCAGCGCCACGCACUCCCAGUCCAUUCCUAUGGCUCGCAACGCCUCAGAUUCAGCCAGCUAUUCGGCUGCCAUCAGCGCUCAUAUCGCCUCUGCCCUCGAGAACCAGAUGACUAGUCCCAGACCACCACACUCCGCCUCGCUCCUCCCGCAUACCACCACUCCUAACAGCACAGCCAUCGAUCCGCUAAUUGCUUUGCCAGACUCUGACUCGAUCCAACCCGAGGUGCAGAUGGGACGCAUCGCUGCUCAAGCCGCUGCGCGCGAAGCUCAGACUCAAUGGCGAACCCAAUUGGCUUUGCGCAGAUCGUCUCUACAGCCACACUCGGCGACAGCAGCACAAGCGUCCAACACUGCCCCUCGCCCCUCCACCAGCUCCACUGCAGCGGCUGCCUCUACCUCUUCUGGUGAUACAGCCAACGUGCAUUCUCAAUCUCAACCAUCCGCCAACCCAGCAUCCCCAAAUCAACGCAGCAAUACACAGUCCACUCUCGACCCAGACACCGCCGACAUGUCUUUCACCGAGUAUCUUCGCUUUCUCGGCCUCAGCCACAUUCCCCUACCUUCAGAAGGCAUCGAGCUAUCCUUUGGCCCCGACAACUCUUCCAACUCUCGCUACUGGGAUGCCACAAAUCCUCACAUGGGCUUCAGCCUCUCGGGCGUUCCCAGCAUGCCAUUAAUGCCCAACCCGCCACUACAGAUGCUUCCUCCACCUGCCUCGCCUUCCUUCCGCAGAAAGCUGCCUCGCGCCCAUUCUUGGUUCCGCCAUCGUUCCAGUGCCUCGGCUAGCUCCUUCGAAUGUACAGACACGAGCAACGACUUUGAGCCCAACGUCAUGUCUCCCUUCCCCUACCCAUUUCAGGUGGUCCAAACACCUGGCGGCACUGCCAGAGCUGGUUGGUGGGUGCCUGUUUCCGAAGUGCCCCCAGAGAGGAGAGCCGAGGCAGUCAAGAUCGGUGAAGAGCCCGCUUCUUCGGCUGUGUUCGGAGUAGCAAGAGCGACAAAGCUUCAGUCGGUUCCUGAACAUGUCUCUGGAGCAGAGCGAGACGGCGGUGACCAAGAAGCUCAGCUCCUUUUCCAACCAAGUUACCGCGACUUUACCCAGGACGAGUAUUCGACUCUUGCCACUGCUGCCGCCUAUGCUACCGCAGCACUCACCAGCAUCGCGUCCACACCAGGUGGCACAUCUCAGUCCAGCUCGUGGAGACCGCUCACAGCAUCGGAGCAGGAAGCCAUCGCCAUUCAGCUCAGAGCCUGGGCAGGCCUCGAUGGUCCGCAUGCCCAAGCCCAAGCUCGAAAGGCGCUUGAGCAGCGCCAGAUGCAUCUCAUCCAACAAGCCAUCCGAAAAGAUCCGUCGACUCCAUACGCUGCCGAUCAGCAGCAAGUGGCUUCCCAAGACCACCUGAGCCAGCUACAUGGUCCUGCGGGAGCCGCUCGCUUCUUCCCCCCCGAUUUUGCAAGCCACUAUCGCACCCAGCUCAGAGCCCUUGCCGAAGGCUAUUACACCCGUCUUCAUAAUGAGAACCUCACCCAAGCACACUAUGCACAGUCCGCGGCUAAAGAUCCUGGCAUGGAUACUCCAGUCAUCCAUCACGACGCCACACCGACCUGUGACGCGCACAAGGCUCCGACAGGGGAAACGGUGCAGCCUCCGAGUCCUGAUAUCGCAGUAUUAAGUAGGACGCAGCCUCCGGUCCACACCCCGACUCUACGUCCAGGUGCAUGCGAUCCUGUCGAGCUCUUGAGUGCCGCCUCAAAUGCUGCUGGACAGGAGUCGUCCUCCCCUGAAGUACGCGACCAACUGCUCCAGUAUGCCCACACCUUGUACACGCAGGGAAACCCGCAGGCUGAUUCCUCGGCCAAAGGCACUGACAAGUUGCACCCGACGCUCCUGCCACUCUUGCACACCCUUCACAAGCUUCAUCCAACCCACUUGCCUAUCCUGCUGCUGCUUUCAUGUGCCUACUACGCCGCCAGCAAUUAUGCGGGCUCGCUCUGGUACAACAACCAGAUCCUCCGCAUCGACCCUAACUAUGUCGAGAGCAUGAGCAACAUCGGCACCACGCUACGCGCUUUGGGUCGAUACAAAGAAGCCGAGAGCUGGUGGUGGAGGGCAAUUCGACUCCGGCCUGGCUAUUGGGAUGCCUAUGAGAAUCUCUUGGGCGUCAUGUGUUCCGUCAAUGCCCCAACAGCAGUAGCAAACAAGUCGGACCCCGAACAUGGCCCAGGCGAGGCUCCUCCUUCGCAACCAAGAUUCCAAGAAGCGCUUCAGCUCUGCGAGUUUGUCGAAGCCCAUGUCGUAGGUCAGCAAGACGUGUCAGGCAUGUCGAUGAUGCCCUUGUACCUCCCUCCGAAUCUUCCUCUGACACAAACGCCGAGGCUUCAAAACCUCUUCUACGCCAAGGGCAAUCUCAAAUUCGUGCUGCCAGAGUUUGGCUCCGUGCCCGCUGCUGCAGAGUACCAGAAGGCUGUUGAGGUGGUGCUCUCCACGGACGCGUCGAGCCGCUAUAGCCUUCGUGAUCUGGUAGUUGCAACUUGCGCCGUGGGUUUGCUCUCAAUGGGUGCCAUGCUUCCUGAAACUGCCGCUGCUGCUGCCGCUGUCGAGGUUGCAUUGGCGCUGGGAAUCAACCCUACCAAUCCAGAGCACGCCGUGAUUCUAGCCAGUGGAUCCUUCAGCCGCUUCUGUCAAGGAGGCGUGCUCGCGCUUGUCCAGCUUUCCGGUGACGUGGUGGUGCAAACGCUGCUUCGUCUGGGCAAUGGGCAGCUGCCGAUGUUGUUGCUCCUACCAGAAGCCGCUACUCAGCUGUGCAAAGUUGUCUUUGCAGAGACCGCCGGCAACUUGCCUGCACUCUCGCGGCCAUCGCAGUCGCAGAUCGCCAAGCCGCAGAACCUGGCGACACUGCAGCAGGUGCAAAAGCAAGCGGCGCAGACCACGUCAACAAUCCUAUUGACUCUCGCCAAGCUGUUUCAGGACGCUAUAGCAAGCCCAAUGGCGGGUCCACAUGGCUCUUUGACGCUCGGCGGUAUUCCGCCCUCGAUCUCGUUGCUGCUUCCGCUGUACUACCUGUCGAUCUCGAUGCAUGCAUCCGCCUCGACUUGCAACAAUCUAGGAAUUUUGCUAUCCUCGAUUCCUGUCGUGACCACGGUCAUCAACGCGGCAGGCCAGCCUCAACAGUUGAAUGGACAGGCUCUCGCCAUGCAGUACUACACACAGGGUCUUCAGCUGGAUCCUAGACAUCCUCACAUCUAUACCAACUUGGGCUCGCUCCUAAAGGACCUCGGUCACCUGAACGAAGCCAUCAAGAUGUACCAGAAGGCGGUGGAAUGCAAUCCUAACUUUGACGUGGCCCUUGCCAACCUGGGCAACGCGAUCAAGGACCAGGGCCGCACGCAAGACUCGGUGGUCUACUACCGACGAGCUGUCCAAGUGAACCCACACUUCCCCGAAGCACUGUGUGGGCUUGUCAAUGCAUUGCUUGCGGUAUGUGACUGGAGCGAGGUGUACACGGACAGACGCGACGCAGAAGAGCCCAAACAGAAAAGCGACGAGCGCGGAGAGACUCGGGCAUCAGCCAGCACGUCUGGUUGGAUGGACAAAGUUUCCGAGCUGGUGUCUAAGCAAUUGAGCGAGGGCUAUCGAUACGGUGCAGGUGCUUUUCAGACUGCUGCUUCACUUGCAGACUGGGUUCGAGCUAUCAUCGAGGCGAUCGGAGACACUCGCACGGAUGCUCCACAGAUUUGGACGCGGCGUUUGCAGCCGUUCUACCAGCCUGGCUUUGACAGGGUUGCCAACCAGGUCUGCGAAGGUGGCUAUUUGAUCCAGCUGGUCGAGAGGAUGAUUCGCCAAUCGCAGCGCCGAUGGUACGUGGAUGUAUACGGUGCAGAUACGCUGCAGACAAGCACCGAGCUUCCUAGGGUCACAGCGGCAGCAGCGGCAGCAGCAAGCAACAGCUCGAGAUACGCACGCCCCAAAUUACCCUCGUGCCUGGUCACUCCGGCUGUACCGACUGUGCUGCCGUUCCACACAUUCACUUAUCCUCUCUCUGCACGUCAGAUCCGGCUGAUCUGUCAUCGCAACGCACUCAGGAUCUCGCAUACCACGCUGACGCAGAUGUGGAUGCCCGAUGUGGUGUACCCGCCACCGUCCCCACCUUCGCCCAAGAUCAACAUUGGCUACAUAUCGUCCGACUUUAACAACCAUCCGCUUGCGCAUUUGAUGCAGUCCGUAUUCGGCUUGCACGAUCGGUCGCUUUUCAAUGUGUUUCUCUACGCUACGACGCCGUCUGAUGCCAGUCCGUACCGGCAGAAGAUCGAACGAGAGGCGCAGCACUUUUUGGAUGUGUCGGCGUGGUCGAAUCAGCAGGUAGUGGAGCGCAUUGUGAUGGACAAUAUCCAUGUGCUCGUGAACCUCAACGGUUACACCAAGGGUGCACGCAACGAGAUCUUUGCGGCUAGACCGUGUGCUGUGCAGGUGGAAUUCAUGGGAUUUGCGGGCUGCAUGGCGUCGCGCUGGACCGACUGGGUGGUAGCCGAUCCCAUUGUUUGUCCUCCCGAGAUGACGAGCGUCGACCGGUGGCGCCAACAAAGCGAAUUGGCGGCCAAAUCAGGCUCGGUGCUCCAACAGCGCGCCACGGAUCUGUUGGCUGACCUGGACCCUGAAGACGGCUCGGAAGAUUGGGUGUAUCCGGAACGAUUCAUUUACAUGCCGCAUUCGUACUUUGUCAACGACCAUAAGCAGGGGUUCCGUGAAAACGUGGCUGUGGCGGGGACCGUGGACGCGCCCGGGGUAGUCAGCCAAGGCGCACAGCGUUCAUCAGACUCGGCAAGGGAAUCGACAUGUUCGAGCAGCGACGAGCAGUUGUGGGCGAGCGAAGAGGAGAAGCGGUACGCGAUGCGACGCGAGUUGUUCCCCAACUUGCCGGACGACUAUGUGAUAUUUGCCGACUUCAACCAGCUGUACAAAUGCGAUCCGAUGCUGUUCAGGCUAUGGCUGCGCAUUCUGGAGCGGGUGCCUAAAUCGAUAUUGUGGCUCCUGCGAUUUCCGGCAGCUGGCGAGGAGCAUCUUAUGCACGAAGCGAGGCGGUACGCAGGCGACCGGGUCGCCUGUCGUGUAAUCUUUACGGAUGUUGCACCGAAGCAUAUCCAUAUCCAUCGCGGUCGGAUUGCAGAUCUGUUUCUGGACACGAUCGAGUGCAAUGCACAUACGACUGCGGCCGACAUUCUGUGGUCGGCGACGCCCAUGCUGACGUGGCCACGCCAUGUGCACAAGAUGUGUUCUCGCGUUGCAGCGUCGAUUGUGCAUGCGACUGGCUUUGGCGACGAGAUGACAGUGCACAGCGAGAAGGAGUAUGAAGAUCGAGCGGUGGAGCUUGCCGAGUCGAUCUCGUAUGUGUACUACGACGACAAGGGGCGCGAGGUGGUCGGACGGGUGGACCACAACAGGGUCAGGUUCGCAAGCGAGCUCGAGGCGGAUGCGAACAGUGCAGCAGCGCAAGCGCACAGUAGCGGUGCAUCUACGCGACCAACUGGCGAGGCUGAAGCCAACAGCGGAGAGACGUGGACCAAGUCUGCGGACGAGGAGUGCCAGGGUCAGGGAGAGCAACAAGCACGGGUGCAGGUGGCAAGUCGAGUGAAACGUGUACGAAGCGCGAACUGUGAAGACGACUCGGCAAGCGCGCAGACACGAAGCGGGAUGUCUAGUGGAGCUCAUGUUGACGCGAAACAGACGCGUGUGGCUGGAGCGUGCAAGUGGCGGAGCACCAUCCGGCUUGCAGCGAGUGCUGAGUACGCCGGAGCCACUACGCGGCGUCUCAAGGUAUCAGAAGCGAGCCUGGCUAGUCUGCGCAAACGGCUGUUGGUUACGCGCCAACACUCUGCGCUCUUCGACACGGCGCAGUGGACGCGCGAUCUGGAAAAGGGCUUCGUCGAGGCUUGGACAAGGUGGGUGUACGCCAUCGAUUACGAAGACUCGCCGCAGAUGCAUGGCUUGCAGCAUCCUCAUUCCGCCCACCGCCUGCGACGCUCAGGUCAUAUAUGGGUCAACCAGCUCUGA